GCUUGUCAAUAGCCGAAUUUUUGGUGUGAGAUGAUAUGGGAUAUUCUUUUAUUGUCUGUUUUCCUGGUUGGCAUUUUCAACAUUGUUUUUAAUAGGCUCAACAGACAUGAGCCUGGCAAAUACUCAAAGGGGGAGCGGCGGCGGCCGGCGCGCGGCGGCGAGGUGCGUGUGAUCCGUCUGGUGCCCGGCCGACUGGCCGAGUACGAGGUGCGCGGUGCCGAGUUCAGCAUAUCUCUGUGGCUCAACCUGACGGCGGCCAUCGCGGCGCUGCUCUUCUGGCUGGGACUGCACCUGCAGGACGACCGGCUGCUGGCCGCCCUGCUGGCCGCGCUGACGCUGGCUCUGCUGGCCAAGCUGCACUUCAAGGUGAAGCGGGAGACUCUGCUGGUUGAGUCGUCACUGGGCGUCCAGCUGACCACCGUCUUCGCCAGCGGCCGGCGCAGCUCGCUGUUCCUGGCGCGCGGCCGGCUCCGAGACGUGGUGAUUGCCGAGGCGCUCACCAUGCACCGGGUGGUGACGUACUUGGCACUGGUGCGCCGCCACCCGGACGGCCUGGUGCCGCUGUUCAGGCACACUUGGCCGCGCCGCGAUCAGCUGGAGCCCGUCUACCGGGAUGUGCAGCGCAUCCUGAGCCCGGAGACGGCCGGCUGACUGCAGGAGCGGCGCGGGAACAGAGCGGCUGAGCCGCCCCGGCGGGGUGCGAGAGAGACUGACUGAGAGGAAACCAGGGAUGGUCCGUGGUGGUGUGUGACUAGAUUGACUAUCGUGAAAUGAUCGCAACUGUGAAUGAACUGUGAAUGGUAUUAAGUCAUUGACUAUUGAUGCGUAAUCAGUAUGAACUGGUCAGCUCCGUUACUACCAAGCUGCUGUCGUUUGAAGUUGACAAUUUCUCAAUCAUUUCUAAUGCUCACAAGCUGAGCUGUACCAAGUCAUCGUCUGCACACCAUGGUGGGUAGAUUAUCUGGGCGUAGUACUAGUGACGUUCGGCCGGGCCCGACCCGGUCUGCCAGCGUUUCUCGUGCAUUGGCCAGGACAGAGACGAUCCAAAGCCUCGGAGCGAUCGGGUCUCGCACGAAUCUGAUGCCCUCGUCUGUAUCGGCUGCGACGCUGGCGGUAGGUCCGCUCGAUCCAGCGGAGGUGCGGAGCUCGACGACUAACCCAGAGUGCUCGCCUCCCGAGGGCGAUGGAUACAUGUGUGCGGAGGGGAACGAUAGGAACUGUUUGUUGUCACCGCCUAAGUGUGUGGGAAGGUGGGGUGUUGAACUGCAGGGGGCGACGGAUGGCUCGGCGGUGCCGGCGGACAACUACUCAGAAGAGUCUCCUGCCGAGGGACCUGAAUCCGUCGACCGUCCGCUCCCUCCGUCUGCCUUCCCGGCAGAGGGCGGCGCGCUCUCGGCAGAGGCGGCCGAGUGUCCCUCGGUCGGGGCCGGCACGGCGGGGGUCUCGGCCCAGUGGACGCAGCACUCCCCGCUGACCGACCGCGUGCAGUUCACCGAGCGGGCGCUGGACCUGCCUGGCCUACCGGCUUCCCGUGCGCGCCACGUGGACACCAACGGACGCUACCUGGUGGCCAAGGCGGCCGCGGCGGCCACGCUACUCGUCUGGAGGCUGGAGGAGGAAAACGGAGCGGUCACAGCGCACGCUCAGCGGAGCAUCCCGCUGGUCCAGCCCCGUGUGGAGUGUCUGACACUACAGGACGGCUGUGGACACCUGCUGGUCACCUGCUCACGCACCAUUCUACUCUGGGACCUGGCAGAGCCGGGCAGUCCCGCAGUGACUCUGGGCGAGGAUUUCUCGGGUGUGUCGUGCUGCCACCUGUCGGCCGGCGGAGAGGCUGCAGUUGCCGGCGGCGCCGCGGUGCUGGCGCUGGGUGUCGCCCACUCUGUGUGGCUGCUCGACACGGCGCGCGUGCGGCGCCUGGCGACCCUGCGCGGCCACCGCUGUGACGUCAGCAGCGUCACUGUCGACGGCGGCCUGUGUGCGGCCGGCAGCGAGGCCGGUCAUCUCCAGGUCUGGGAGCUGACCGGGUACACGCUGCUCUACAGCUGCCACUCGACUGCGGCGCGGCCGGUCGGCGCCGUCGCCGUGACCGCUGACCUGCUGGCCUGCGGCUGCGGCUCGCUGGUCUCUGCGGCGGCGCAGGCGGCCGGUCGGCGCUGGACAGAUGUGACCACCACCCCGCUGGACAGGGUCGGCGCGGCCUGCGGCGGCCGCGGCAGCCCGCAGCCCGAGUGUGCUGUGCUGGCGGUGCGCUUCUGGCGGCGGCCGAGCGAGGCUCUCUUCGGCCCCGACCGGCUGCUGGUGGUUGUCACCACGGACGGUCUGCGCGUGUUCAACACCCGUACCUGGCUGCCGCUGUACGCGGUCAACGGGAUGGGCGACGGUGAGCCGUGGGGCGGUAGUUCGGCCGCCGUGACACCAGGCGGCGCUGCAGUCGUCUGCUGCCGCAGUGCCCUCGAGGGCCGCGUCUCGGCCUUCUGCCUGACCGUCCGGUCGGGCACUGACGAGUCAGGAGACCCCGCCGACCGACUCCGGACGCUCUCCAUCGUGUGCCGUGAUCCGCUACCGGCGCGGUCCGUGCUGCGUGCCCGGCUGCCGCGCGCCGCGCCCGCUCAGCCCGCCCCCAGUCGGGUGCGCUCGUCGGGGUAUGGCGCAGCGCCGCGCCGGGCCAUGUUCCAGCCCAAGACGAACGCCACCCGCUCACGGACCGCCAAGACCGCUGCCUCGAAGUCGUCUCUGUCCAGCCUGCCAACCGCUGCGCAGAGGCCCGCUAAGACACGUGACCGGCACCUGGACCGACCGGCUCCUAAAUACGAGUGUCACGUGAGCCCGCCGCCGGUCGGCAGCCGUCCGGUGCGGAUCCUCCGCUCGGGAGAUACGCUGCUCAGGAUAGCGCUGUCAGGCAGUGGUCGCCAGGUCGCCUGCGCCAGCCAGCAGGGCGGCUCGCUGGAGGUGGCCCGUCUCCAGCAGCUGGAUGUGACUCAGGGACAGUUUCUGCUGGGCACGCAGGGCGCCAUCACCUCCGUGGCGUGGAGCCUGAGCGGCCGCCGACUGGCGGCCUCCUCGGCGGCCGGGGUGCAGCUGUGGUCGUUCCCAGAGGGAGAGCCGUGCGGCAGCCGGCCCGCCGGCUCCCAACCGUACACGGCCGCCCAGUUCUUCUUCACGGACGGGUUUCUGCUGGCCAGUCGCGGCGACACAGUGGAGCUGAGUCGCCUGCCGCCGGAGGGCGCCGCCGCAGGCCGCGGCCGGGGGGCGGGCCCGCUGCGGUCGGUGCUGCAGUGCCGGCUGCCCUGUCGAGAGGUGCUGCACGUCACCAGCGGCUGUCAGCUGCGCUCCGCGCUGGCCGUGGCCUGCUGCUCGGAUCGCGCGCUGCGCCUCAUCGACAUGCAGACGGGCCGCGUGGCGCUGACGCUGGCGGACGCACACCGGCGGCCGGCGCACUUGGCGCGCCUCUGCGAGGGCUCGCCGCACCUGCCGGCCGCGUUGCCGCUCUACGACCUGAUCGGCUCGGCGGCCGUCGGCGACGGCGUGCGUCUGUGGGACGCGCGCUGCGGCCGGCUGGCGGCCCGGCUGCCGGCCGCCGAGCUGCGCGCCCUGCCGGCCGGCUUCCAGUUCAGCCCGUGCGGCCGGCUGGUGGCGCUGGGCUCGGACGCCGCCCACCUGUGGCUGUGGGACGUGCGCUCUGGCCGCGGCCCGCUGGCCCGCCUGCGCGCCGCCGCCGCCGGCGUCACAGACGUGGCGUUCCUGCCGCGCCGGCCGGGCCUGGUGGCGGCGCUGCUCGACGGCCGCCUGCAGACGUGGCCGCUCGACGGGGGUCGGCUGGAGUGACCCCGACGGCAGCGCAGCGGAUACUCGGGGACCGAGGCGUGUGUGUGAUACAGGCGUGAUAUAGGCGGAUGGAUAAUCAUGACUGACGCGUUAUUUAUUGUCCUCCUGUGAGACUCGGUUCCGCCAGGCGUAACUAGCUGCACAGGAAGACUAGGAGCAUGCAUUGCAAGAAGUGAUGAGAUCAUUGAUGAAGUCCUGUCAACGAAGGUAGUGAUCACGGCAUUAUAAUUAUUUGCACAUAGUAUUUGAUCUCAGUCUCACUUAGCUGGUGUUCAAUGUUCAUUUGUAAUCAUUCACCGGUGUAAUUGCCUUCAUGAAGACAAUGUCGGUAUUUGUCACCUUAUUGAGCCGUUCAAACUCGCUUUAUGUAAAACCAAUAAAGGCAUUUUGAUUGAC